UUUUUAGACGGACUCGAAUUUUACAAGUUGUUGCAACUUGCGGAGUUGCUUAAAAAAUUUUGUUGGCUACAUUCGGCUGCCGCGCGUGCUGUGUGAACGUGUGUGAAUGAUAGCGCUCACUGCAUUAUUAACCAAAUAUACGAUCGGUAUUAUGAGCAAUUUAAGCAAUGGCAAUUUGCAGCAGAAUCAACAACAGCCACAACAACAGCAACAACAACAACAGCAGCAGCAACAGAACAACGUUGAAGCGGGCGCGGGUGCGGCUGCGGCGCCCCUAUUGAUGGAGCCUGGCGCAAUGCCCGCCCCAGGCCUGGGCGUUGCGGUGGGCGUGGCGCAACGCCAGCGCCUGCUGCUGCAGCAGCAGCAACAGCAGAAUCCCGCCGCCGAGGGCAGCGGCCUGGACCGCGGCAGCUGCCUGCUGCGCUACGCCAGCCAAAACAGCCUCGACGAGAGCUCCCAGAAGCACAUCCAGCGGCCCAACGGCAAGGAGCGCGGCACCGUCGGCCAGUACAACAACGAGCAGCACACGGUGCGCUCCUUCGAUGCGAUGAACGAGAUGCGCAAACAAAAACAGCUUUGCGAUGUCAUUCUGGUCGCGGAUGAUGUGGAAAUUCCAGCGCAUCGCAUGGUCCUGGCCUCCUGCAGCCCCUACUUCUAUGCGAUGUUCACCAGCUUCGAGGAGUCGCGCAAAUCGCGCAUCACGCUGCAAAGUGUCGAUGCCCGCGCCCUGGAGCUGCUCAUCGAUUACGUGUACACAUCGAAUGUGGAGGUGAACGAGGACAAUGUCCAGGUGCUGCUGACGGCGGCCAAUCUCCUGCAGUUGACGGAUGUGCGGGAUGCCUGCUGUGAUUUCCUGCAAACCCAAUUGGAUGCCAGCAAUUGCCUGGGCAUACGCGAAUUUGCCGACCUGCAUGGCUGCGUCGAGUUGCUCAACUAUGCGGAGACUUAUAUUGAACAACAUUUCAACGAGGUCAUUCAGUUUGACGAGUUUCUGAAUCUCACACACGAACAGGUCAUCAAUUUGAUAUCCAACGAUCGCAUCUCGGUGCCAAAUGAGGAGCGCGUCUAUGAAUGCGUCAUCGGCUGGCUGCGCUACGAUGUGCCCAUGCGGGAGCAAUUCACAUCGGCCCUCAUGGAGCAUGUGCGGCUGCCGUUCCUCUCCAAGGAGUACAUAACCCAGCGCGUCGACAAGGAGAUCCUGCUCGAGGGCAACAUCGAUUGCAAGAAUCUGAUUAUCGAGGCGCUGACCUAUCAUCUGCUGCCCACGGAAACAAAGUCGGCGCGCACCAGGCCCCGCAAGCCGGUGGGCAUGCCCAAGAUACUGCUGGUAAUUGGCGGCCAGGCGCCCAAGGCCAUACGCUCCGUGGAGUGGUAUGAUCUGCGCGAGGAGAAAUGGUAUCAGGCCGCCGAGAUGCCGAAUCGUCGUUGCCGCAGCGGCUUGUCCGUGCUCGGCGACAAGGUUUAUGCCGUGGGUGGCUUUAAUGGAUCGCUGCGUGUGCGCACUGUGGAUGUUUAUGAUCCGGCUACCGAUCAAUGGGCCAACUGCAGCAAUAUGGAGGCGCGUCGCUCCACGCUGGGCGUGGCUGUGCUAAAUGGCUGCAUCUAUGCUGUGGGCGGCUUUGAUGGCACCACCGGCCUGUCCAGCGCCGAGAUGUACGAUCCAAAGACUGAAAUAUGGCGUUUUAUUGCCUCCAUGUCGACGCGUCGCAGCUCUGUGGGCGUGGGCGUGGUCAAUGGACUGCUCUACGCUGUUGGCGGCUACGAUGGCUUCUCCCGGCAAUGCCUCGCCUCCGUGGAACGCUAUAAUCCCGAUACGGACACUUGGUGUGCCGUUGCCGAAAUGUGUUCACGUCGCAGCGGCGCCGGCGUCGGCGUUCUGAAUAAUAUUCUAUACGCUGUGGGCGGUCACGACGGGCCGAUGGUGCGCAAAUCUGUGGAGGCCUACGACCAUGAGACAAACACCUGGCGUUCCGUCGCAGACAUGUCCUAUUGUCGUCGCAAUGCGGGCGUUGUCGCGCACGAUGGCCUCUUGUAUGUGGUGGGCGGCGAUGAUGGCACCUCAAAUUUGGCCUCGGUGGAGGUUUAUUGCCCGGACUCGGAUAGCUGGCGCAUAUUGCCCGCACUGAUGACCAUUGGACGCAGCUAUGCGGGCGUCUGUAUGAUCGAUAAGCCCUUGUGAAUGGAAGAGCAGGGCGCAUUGGCACGCCAAGCGGCCUCGCUGGCCAUAGCGCUCUUGGAUGAUGAGAAUAGCCAGGCUGAGGGCACCAUGGAGGGCGCCGUCGGUGGUGCUGUUUAUGGUAAUAUAAUAGCAGCAGCAGCAGCAGCACCGCCAACGCCUGCACAGCAGCAGCAGCAGCCCGCUAAUCAUCCGCACUAUGAAAACAUUUAUGCGCCAAUUGGACAGCCCAACAACCAACAAGUUGUUGUGGCCAAUGCCAAUGCCAAUGCCCCUGCAAAUGUUGAGGAAGCAGCUCAACAACCACAGCAACAACAACCAGCAGCAACUGAAGCCAAUGCCAGCAACAACAAUCAGCCACAAGCCCAGCAAGCAGCACCCCAACAACAACAGCAACAACAACAACAAGCGCGCAUGCUGCCCAUGAAUAAUUAUCGCAAUGAUUUAUAUGAUCGGUCCGCAUCCACAGCGGCUGCCUACGAUGUGCCAAGAGCGGUGCGCUCCGGUUUGGGCUAUCGUCGAAAUUUUCGCAUUGAUAUGCAAAAUGGCAAUCGUUAUGGCAGCGGCCUGCGCUGUGCUCCGCUCUAUGCCAGCAAUAGAUCCAAUUGCCAGCGACAGCGCAGCUUUGAUGACACCGAAUCGACAGAUGGCUAUAAUCUGCCCUAUGCCACGGCGGGCACCAUGCGCUAUGAGAACAUCUACGAACAGAUACGCGAUGAGCCAUUGUAUCGCACCACAGGCGCUUCGGCGGCAAGUCGCGUGCCGCUCUAUACGCGCCUGGAUGUGCUGGGCCAUGGCAUUGGACGCAUCGAACGGCAUCUGAGCUCCUCCUGCGGCAACAUAGAUCAUUACAAUCUGGGCGGACACUAUGCAGUGCUGGGACAUUCGCAUUUCGGCACCGUGGGUCACAUACGUCUGAAUGCGAAUGGUGCCGCAGCAGCAGCCAGUCCCAAUGCCAGCAGCUGCACGGUGCCCAACUGCCAGGGCUAUGUGGCUGGCGGUGGUGUGGCUGGUGCUGCUGGUGUUGGUGGUGCAAGUGCUGCCGCUGCUGCUGCAGCCGCCGCAGCGGCGGGCAUGGACUAUGGCCAUGUCAAGGUGCCCGUCAAGAAUAGCGCCUCUUCCUUCUUCAGCUGCCUGCAUGGCGAAAACUCGCAGAGCAUGACGAACAUAUAUAAAACCACAGCUGCUGCAGUUGCUGCGGCUCACCACUGUUCACCACUGACGCCCAAUGUCUCCAUGGAGCGUGCGGCACGCUCUGCAUCCGCCGGACCCACCACAGCCGUUAUAGCAGCAGCAGGUGCUGAGGAGCAGCAGCUAAGCGGCGGCGACAGCGUGUGCAGCUCGAGCACAGCAAUGCGCCCCACGGGCGCCAUACCCAAAAUAAAAACCACCAGCAAAGCGGCCAAGGAGUCCAGCACAGCAGCCACUGCUGCCAGUUCGACUGGAGCCGAGAAGGUGGCAACUGGAGCAGCGCCCAAGAUCGCUGCGAUGGCCAAGAAAACAACAACGGCAACAACUGCUGCAGCGCGUUCGAACUCCUCGUCGGAUGCCAGCAAUGGCAACUUAAAUCGCAUAUCCAAGUCCAGCCUGCAGUGGCUGUUGGUCAACAAGUGGCUGCCGUUGUGGAUUGGCCAGGGACCCGAGUGCAAGCAGGUUAUUGACUUCAACUUUAUGUUCUCGCGUGAUUGCGUCAAUUGUGACACCGCGUCGGUGGCCUCCCAAAUGUCCAAUCCGUAUGGCACGCCACGUUUGGGCCUCGGCACACUGCCGCAGGACAUGAUGCGCUAUCAGGGCAGCACGGCCAGCAUGCGACGGGAUGCCAAUGCAGCUGCCGCUCGACCGCUGCACAGCAAUUUGAGCCGCUUGCGCUGCGGCGCCGACAAGCGUCAGAACCUGACGGCAGGCAGCAGCUGUAGCAGCAGCAGCGGCAGCUAUCGCUACGAGGACCCCUCCUAUGAGAAUGUGCACGUGCAGUGGCAAAAUGGCUUUGAGUUUGGACGCUCGCGUGAAUAUGAUGCCAGCUAUAAUCAACAGCAGCGCCCGCUGCUGCAACGCGCUCGCUCCGAAAGUCCCACGUUCAGCAAUCAGCAGCGACGCAUGCAGCGCGCAGCGGCACAAGCACAGGCACAAAACUGCCAACAAUCCGCCAAGCUUGCCGAUCCUUUUAAGAACUACGAACUGAAUGUGGACAACAAUAGUUUUAGGCCCAAGCAGCCGGCGGCAAUGGAGCUGUGCGAUGAGCUGGAGGGCGCUGUCGGUGGUGCAGCUGCCGAAUCGGAUGCAGAGCAGACGUUGGAACCUUUAAAUCCUAGUGAUAUCGAGACUGAAACAACGACUACAACAACAACAACAGCAGCAACAACAACAGCAGCAGCAACAACAACAAACAGCCAACAGCAAAACAAUGCAAAUGCCGCAACGUCUAGCAACAACAAUGCAAGCACUCAAGAAGCAAACGACUAAAAAAAAAUUAAUUCGAUAUACAUAUAAAAACGUAGGAUUAGCAUACGAUACAUGCAGUUGCAAAAUUUACGAUUUUAUUUUACCUGAGUUUAGAUUUUGUUUAAUUUUGGUUCAACAUUUGUCACACUUAUAAUUAGAUCUCACGAAAAUUGCAAUUGGCGACAUGCAUAAAAAAAACUAAUAACUAACUAUUAACUCAGAAAAAAACAAACAACUACUGAUAUUGUAGAAUUUGAUACAUUGUGAUUCGAGGCGUUUGCGUGAAUCCGCCAAAGCUCGAAUAUAUAGCCUAUUUACUAGACUUUUAGAUAUAUAUAUAUUUAUAUGUAUGUCACUCUCUUUUCAAAUAGCUAAAGCAUUUGAACGCGGCCAUUUAAGAGUAGUUUCCAUUACUACAUCUAUAAAAACAAAUGCCGAGACGCAACAUGCAAUACAAAAGCGCCAUAUCAUGCACAUUAUAUAUACAUAUACUUAGGUACAUAUAACAUAUAUACAUUAUAUAGAAAUAUAAGCAAUACGCAUUUGAUAUUUAAUUUCGAAAUGUUCCAAUAUAAAUUGUUGUGUUAUUUUUUGAUGGCACGGCAAACAAGUCCACUGCCCCAAUUCCCCCUCAAAUAUGAAUUAUAUAUGCUUACCUAUCAUUA